AUGGCCUUGGAUGAAGACGGCAUUCGACUGCUCCAGGUUGUUGGCUUGUACUCGUCUGUGUACACGGAGAUAGGAACAUGUAAGUCAGCAGCUGCCAGAUACUUUCGAGAAGAGGAGAGUCGGCUUGGCAACAAACUGACCAAAGCGCAGUUUAUCGGUGUUAUCGGUGGAACAGAGCCAGUACUAGAUAAACCUGCCUUCGUCGAGAUGGACUAUGGCACUACCGAGGGAGGUACAGGCCACAUUGGAUUCAUCUGUCACAAACAGCCAGCCCUAGAGAAGGGACUGCGCGAUAGGAUGGCGGCCUUGAAGGCCUGCGAAUUACGCUCUGGCUGUGAAUUUGUCUGUACUACGACGCACAAGGGAAGCAGGAAGGACAGUUCUUGCUUCUUCGUGGGAGCUGAUUGGAAGACGGGCUUCACCAGGAAACAAUAUCUGGAGCCCAAAGGAAUCAUCAUGGAACAGGCACACCAGGCUUUCUAUGAGGAGGUCUGGGUAGCCUUGAACUGGCAAAUUGAUCUUCCCAGCGAGAAAACACAGCUGGGAUACACACCGGAACAGGUCUAUGACCUAUUCUUCCCCAUCGAUUUUCGAUUCAUUUGCAAUCCGAGGAGACCGGCCGUGUGCGGUCGCUUUGGACUACCGUCCGAUCGGCUAUGGCGGUUUGAGUUCUUCGUCAUGAAAGAUGAAGGUGGAGAUGAAAUGUCAAAGCCUGAAAAGAUCAAAGAGGUUGUUUUCCCGUACAUCCGACAUGCAGGUAGUCAAUAUGAUCUCUCACAAGAUGUGGCAUUUCCCGAAGAUUGUAUCAAGGUGCUUCGGUCCAGACCCUUCAAGUUCUCAGCUCGCAGCUGCAACAGGUGGUCUGAUGGACGAGUAAUCUUGUGCGGUGAUGCUGCCCAUAUCUUUCCGCCGUUCGGUGGCCAGGGAAUUGCGUCAGGGUUUCGCGAUGCUGUAUCUAUAGCAUGGCGUCUUGUUAUUCUUUGCAAUAACCAGUCUUUAGUCAAAACCGUGCACGAGAGGGUUCUCAAGGCGUGGUACAAAGAGCGGAAACAACAACCCGAGAAAUCGCUGGCUUCAACAAUCGAAAAUGGUCGAUUCGUCACCGAGAAAAUCCGUUGA